UUUAUCCCAUUUAUAUAUUAAAUGUAGAUAUCAUAUUGUAAAUAUAUUACGCGUGUGAUUACGAUGAUGAUAAUAGCAAAGAAUGCUCAGCUCUGGAAAUGUUUGGUUAGCUCAGUGACGUGGUGAAGGAAAUUAUGUAAACAUUUUUCCGGAACAAGCUGUAGGCAAAUUUAAAAGCGUUACAAACAUCUAGUGUAACCAGCAUUGCACGUCCCCCGAAAAAUGGAUUUGAAAGCUGUAGUCGUUUCUGGAGAAGCUCCUGAAUCUGAUGAUGAUGCCUCAAAUAUCGCUACUGGUUUAGGAUUCCCUGCGGUACGAACAUCAAAUUAUUGUGGCACAAUCAUAUCUGGUGAAGCACCAGAAUCUGAUGAUGAUUUAACUAGCUUGAGCAGCAUCAGUGGAGCAGUAGAUGCCAUGGCAUGUCCUCCUUACACAGACCUAAAGAUACCAAAAUCUAAAAAGAGUACCAUCAAGUAUAAUAGUUUGCUUCACAAGAAGUUACACGAAUGCAAUGAAACCUUGGACAAAGACAUUCUGCAAAUGACCGAGGGCGUCAUCGCAACCAGCGUACAAGAAUUGUCGGCUGUUAAUCGACAAUUGUUGAGAAGCGAACUGGUACUACAAGAGGCUGUGUGUCAACUGCGAAACGCGUCCGGUCGGAUAAAGGAUGCCUCCAACGCUCUACAUCAACUCAUAGACGACGACUUCUUGCAUUCCAUUAAAACUUAAUUUCUAGAAAUUAUUAGUGCGUACUUAUGCUCUUAAGAUAUAUUACUCUCAUAGCGAUGUAACAGGCAUGAGUUCCGUAAUAAUGCCAUUUCGAUAAUCGCGCAUUAAAUGCGGAUAUUAAAAAAAUGCGUAUUCUUUUUACGUCUGAGGACAUUGUUGAGCAUUACUCUCGAUCUUCCCCUCUCCUUUUUUUUGUUUAACUGGCAGUACUAUAUCGUGUGUACUUUACUUUCUAGCGCAUCUUGAUUCAUUUCGAGAGACUAAGCGUCGAUCGAUCUCUCUCCCUCUACCGCUCUUCUUCUCUCUUUCUCUCUCUUAUACUUCAAUUCGUUAUAAACUAAUUUUCUACGAUGGAUUCGCGAAAUCGAAUAUACAUUGUGCCUGAUUUAAUGAUAUAUCCGAUUAAUAUAGCAAACGGCUCAAUAUUAGCCCCGUUGCGUCUUUCUUCUUUUCUUUUUAUUUCCGAGUUACGGGAAUUUUCAACGUGGCGGUGGCAUGGGUUCUAAUGUAAAUAUGUACUAUGUAGUUAGUGCGUAGAGAGAGAUGUGUUGUAAUUAUAUUACGAUAUAUAUAUCAAAGAACGUCAUGAUAUUGAAACAGGAUAUUUCUGCGGAGAGUAGACAUACACUUUUAAUACGGCUUUAGAAAAUGCAAACGUAUGUUUGUGUAUUACUUCGUUUUGCAACUUUCGAGGAUCACAUAGAUAUAAAUAUGACACUGCUUGUUACGAGAGUGUAAACUGUGUAAUCGUAAAACUGGAACGAUUUAGUACCUAGUUACGCACGUGUAUGCAUAAUCUUGUCAGAAACACCUGUCUAUUUUCUCUCUUUUCUGCGGGUUUCGUUUUUUAUCAAAUGCACAACUUUGCUUGGUAUCAAAGGGCUGAUAUCGAC